GACCGACAGAAAAUCACGAAACACCACGGUCAGGUUCCAGGUUGGUCAGGUUGGUCAGGGUAGCGGUGUCCCUCCCCAGACUCGAACCGAUCAGCUACCGAAUGCGAGUCUAGAACGUCUAGAAUGUUACCGCUAUUCCAACUCACUUCGUGCCCUUGAGUGUCGUGAUUAUUGAAAAAGAAAUCUGCUAAAAUUGUGGCUACACUGCAGUUUUAUGAACCGUUUAUGUUAUAGUACAUCAUGCCGGAAUCUAGUUUAAACGCGUCUCCUUGCCUUAAUCACUAUAAAAGAUGAAAAGUUUACGUAUUCCUUGCCCUCAUGACCCAAGUACUCUUCUUAUGGAGAACCUAAUGGGGAAAUAGUUGGCUUGAACUCAAUCCCUUGCACAUAGCAGAAAAAUUGACGCACUCCUCAGGGUUCUCUCUCAAACGUGAACACCUUUUGUAUUUACCAAUUUUUUUCCUACAACUCGCCUGUUUUGGAGGAGCAAGGUGGGAAUGCUUGACAGACGGAUAUGUGUGUGUAUGUAAGAAGACACACACACACACACACACAUAAAAACAGAUGACCAAUAACUGAGGCACGACAAAUAAGACAAUCUGUAUCAGUUCGUCAUGGUGGUGAUGUACAACUUCGUCUUCUGGUUCUCCACGAGGUUCGGUUCUGUAGUAGUGGCCAUAUUUACACUAAUCCAGUCUAUGAUGUGUCUCAUAGCCAGUAUCAUAGGCAUGGAGAAUCAGGAGGCAAUACAAAACCAACUGGACCUCUGGCUCAGAACUUAUAACAUGCUAUUCAUGAAAGAUGCAUUAGAUGAUAUGAAGAGAGGACCUGAGAUCUAUUUAAUUGGUUUCAUCACAUAUCUCUCUUUACAUUCUUUUUCCUGUUUUCUCCUGUUAUAUGGUGCACUGAAAAUAUCAGUGUGGUUCGUGUACCCAUUUCUUAUGCUGGAAAUUGCUCGGCUAAUCUUCUUGACUGUUGGCUUUGUUAUUACCAUGUUAUUGGUAGAAGAGAACAUCCUGAACCUUGGGGUCCUCAUUGGCAGCUGCUCUGGAGGAGGAUUUGUCCUAUUAUUUUUGUUCUACCUGUGGUUCUGCACCCUGAGCUUCAUUCAGAUUGUGAAGGAACUUGAAUAUAAAAUGGGUCACUGUGAAGAAGAAAACAUGAACUUAAAGGAGUACCAGGGAAUAAAUGUACUUCAGCCUGGGACAGACUAUUAUUUAAAGGGUGGAGGCUUUGCUCCACUUUCAGACUACAACCAUCGCUACAAUGAGAAAUCCAUCAGUGAGAAUCUCAACAUCAGACAUAAUGUAGGGAGUUAUUACAGUAAUGUAAUGGCCAAACCUGUGUAUUAAAAUAAGUCCUGGCAUGUUUCAUUAAAGUGUCAGGGUACUUCAAAUGAAAACAACUAUUCUGUUAUAAAAAUCCUGUAUUGAUUCAUAGUACAAGUAACUCAUAUAGUUUUUCAAUACUGUCACUUUCUUCUUCAAUGCAUAUUUUCCAAAGAUUCAUGAUGCACAUAUUUAAAUACAGUUUUCUUGGCCCUUUUCCUACUUUUUUUCCCCCACACACUUCACUCUCCCAUAACUACAAAAGUUGAUUCCACUGAGCAACCAAAGAGAUGUUCUUUCUCAGUGUAAAGCCUGGUGAAGACAUGUGGAACAAUUUCUGUGCACAAUUCUUUGAAUGUUGCAGUAGUCACCCUACAGGUAUGCAGACAUGCAUUAUAAAGCUGCAAACAGGUGCCCAUGCACCACAUUCCAUAUCAUUUCACUUAAUGGGCUGGCUUUAGAUUCUAAUUCAGAAACUUACAAUAUAUUUCACUUCUUACUGUGGGUACCUUUCUUCAGGAACUCUUGUCAUUAUGAUGUUCCUGUCCCAGAAAGUAGUCAACAUGACAUUUCCAUAUAUAAGAUAUGAAUUUUUCAUGAUGGUGAAUGUGGGAAUUAUGGUCUUCUGGGAUAUGAAGCAGUGUAGUUUAGUAGACAGCUGUCAAAGUUUAGAGGAGUCUGCUGGCCCCAUCUUAGAGAAUCUGUAGGCCAUCAUAUUGGAGAAAGCCACAAUCUUACUUAUUACAAUACCAGAGGUUUCAUCAUGAAACAAAUAGAAAUUAUGAAGGUUUCUAUUGUCUUAUUUCUCUUCUGAAGUACAUAAUAUUAAAGAGUUUCCUAUUCAAUGAACAAUCACUUACAGGACAGCGAUAACCACAAGUUCACACAUUAGCAGUCAAUAACCCAACAAUUCAGUUACAAAGUUAAUUUCAAUUCACAGAUUUUAAAUAUAAAUUAUUUUCUUACUGACCUUUGACAUACUGAUACAGUGAAAACUCUAUGUUGGAACACAUUUUUAAAAUAUUAUUUCCAUCAUUAGGUGUUCACUUGAAAUUAUUCUGAAUAUAGUACUCACUGAUAAACAUAAUGACAAUACUAACACAUUAUCACAUAACUUGAAUAACAGGACAACAGAAAAGUUACAAUGCACUAUCUGGAAGCAAAGUGUGGUAAUAAAGACAAAUCUAUAGCCAUUGUUCAUCUGUUAGAUAUUAGUUAUAUCUUUACCUAGUACAGACCUAUGUGCAAUGUAACUGUUCUGUGGCCCUGUUAUUCAAUGUAUGUGAUAAUGACAAUACUAACAGAUUAUUAUUAUUAUUGGAGGGGGGGUGAGUUUCCCCAUGCACCACAACUAAUAGUCUAUUGUACGUCCCCCU